AUGUCUCUUGACAUCUCCGAGCUUUCGUGCCACCUCGCGGGCCAGCUCGUCGCGGCGCACCCCGCCUAUGACGCGCUCUUCGACGGGUUCACACUGGCGGAGGAUCGGGGGAACAAGGCAGCGCGCGAGGAGUGGGCGUGCGGAGUGCUCUUCGCAGCUGCGAAGGCGUCAAAGUGGCUCGGCUUGACAGCACACGCCGUUCUCGGGCGCGGUCUCCUGGCCGUACUUCUACCUGUGGCCGCAGCGCCCCGCAGGCCUCAUCGAAACUGCGUUGGCGGAACUGGGGCGGCGGUGGCUGCCGAUCCUCGAUGCGUCACGCGCUCGACGAGGCGGGUGUGGACCGCGUACGAGAUCCACCCGGGCGAUGACCUGCACGACGGCGUCUCCUUCGAGCGGUUGGCAACCACCCCCACGCGAGCAUCCUGCGUGGCGGAGGGCAGCCCAUGCGACCAGGCGGCAAUCCGCGGGCCCAAGUUUAACGCACACGACAGGGAGAUGCGCCACUCGAUCGACGCCUUCAUCGAGAUGGGCGAGGGCACGAUCUCCGUACCAGCACUUCCGGAACAUUACGAGCUGCCGGCGCUACCCAAACUUUCCAGCCCCAUCUCGACAGCCAAAUCCUACCACCACAUGUAUUCGUGA